GCUCGGGAGGAAGGCCCGAGGCGCGGAACCCGAGACGAGGGCGGGGCGGGCGGCGAGCCCGGGCUUGGUGCGGAGCCCGAGCUGCGGUCGGCGUCGAGCAGCCGUUAGCUGGCUCGCCGGGCGCGUGCGGCGCGGAGGGGCCGGGCCGUGGCGCGCCCCCGGUUCCGCCACCACCGUGGCGGGCACCACCCCUGGUUCCACUCUGUUCCAGAAGAGCAGCGCAGAGCAGCUUCGGCUAUCAAAGCCAUGGCUCAGGUGUCAGUGCUGUUCCGUGAUGUGUACAUAGACUUCUCUCAGGAGGAGUGGGAGUGCCUGACUGAGGAACAGAGGGAUCUGUACAGAGAUGUGAUGUUGGAGAAUUACAGCAACCUGCUUUCAAUGGUCCUGGAAUCAAGAUGUGAGUCCCAGAAAUUAUUUUUGAAGAAGGAACUUUAUGAGAUAGAGUCAGCACAGUGGGAGAUCAUGAAAAAACUCACAAGACAGGACCUUCGGAGCACUCAUUUCAGCUGUGUUCAGGAAUGGACCAACCAGUGUGAGAGGCAGCGUGGGGCUCAGGAGACACAAGUGAGUCAACUGAUCGUCAGCUGUGAAGACACCGCUGCGCUCAGUCGGUAUCCAUCCUUCAGGAAGGAGAAAUACUGUGCGAGUAAAGAAAACAGGAAGCUCUACAAACACAGCUCACGGUUCACUACCCAUCAAAUCAUCCGUGCCAUUGAGAAGCCAUAUGAGUGUAAGGACUGUGGCAGGACCUUUAGACACCCCUCGGGACUCACUCACCAUCACAAGAUUCACACUGGAAAGAAACCCUUCGAAUGUAAGGAAUGUGGAAAGACGUUUAUUUGUGGCUCAGACUUGACACGACAUCACAGAAUUCACACAGGAGAGAAGCCCUAUGAGUGUAAGGACUGUGGGAAAGCCUUCAGUAGUGGUUCAAAUUUUACUCGCCAUCAGAGAAUUCACACAGGCGAGAAGCCUUAUGAAUGUAAAGAGUGUGGGAAGGCUUUUAGCAGUGGUUCAAAUUUUACUCAGCAUCAGAGAAUCCACACUGGAGAGAAACCAUAUGAGUGUAAGGAGUGUGGCAAUGCCUUUAGUCAGAGCUCACAACUUAUUAAACAUCAGAGAAUCCACACUGGAGAGAAACCCUAUGAGUGUAAGGAGUGUGAGAAGGCCUUCCGGUCUGGUUCUGACCUCACCAGACAUCAAAGAAUUCACACCGGAGAGAAACCCUAUGAGUGUAAGGUUUGUGGGAAAGCCUACUCGCAGAGCUCACAGCUCAUCAGUCAUCACAGAAUCCACGCGGGUAAGAGAGCCUACGUGUAUGAGGACUGCAGGGAGAGCGCCAACUAUGACUCACGGCUGCUUCAGCAUCAGAACUUAUACUGGUGAGAAACGAACACAUGCAGGGUGGAUGGGAAGACGCAAAACUGUCGGAGACUCUGUCUUUACAGACUUGUCCGAAGAAGGUAGAAACAGUUUACUUGUUGACCACAGUUUGUUCAUCUGAAGAAAAUUCAUAUUGGAGAAAAAUCCUGUGAAUAUAGCAUAUUCUGGAAGCCUUUCA